AUGCAUAUCAAGUCGAUUCCUAUGUCAGGGACGGGCAGUAGUGACAACUAUGCCUACCUCGUUGUCGACGACAAGUCCAAGGACGCCGUCAUCAUCGAUCCCGCGCAUCCUGAGGAGGUCGCUCCCGUCUUGAAGAAGGCCAUCGAUGAUGGAUCCAUCAAGCUUACAGCCAUCGUGAACACCCACCACCAUUGGGACCACGCCGGCGGAAACACCAAGCUUCGCACUGCUCUCGGCCUCCCCAACCUCGAAAUCAUCGGCGGUAAGGACUGCGAGAAGGUGAACAAGACUCCGGCCCACGGCCAAGGUUUCAACAUUGGCAGCAUCGCUGUCAAGGCUCUGCAUACGCCUUGCCACACGCAGGAUAGCAUUUGCUGGUUUAUGCAGGAUGGGGACGAUAAGGUCGUCUUUACUGGUGAUACGCUUUUCCACGGAGGCUGCGGUCGCUUCUUCGAAGGAAAUGGAGCGGAAAUGCACAAGGCUUUAAACGAGACGCUUGCUUCUUUGCCGGAUGAGACUCGUGUUUUCUAUCUGACAUAUCCAAUGAAGCCCGGUCACGAAUACACCAAGUCCAACGCCAAGUUCUGCAUGUCGGUAUUGCAAAGCGAGGCCGUUAAGGCUCUCCAAGCUUUUGCGGAGAAGCACCGGGAGACGCAGGGCAAGUUCACCAUUGGUGACGAGAAGAAGCACAAUGUGUUUAUGAGGCCUCAUGACCCUGAGAUCCAGAAGGCAACGGGCGAGACCGACCCGGUGGCUGUCAUUACAAAGUUGAGGGAGAUGAAGAACAACUUCAAGUGA